CUAAAUUCGUAUAAUUAUGAUUGUUGAGGUCCAAAAUUUAAGUCUCUUGGCUCUUUUCACGCUUUCUCACAAACAGAUUAAAAAAUAGAUUUUUUUUUUUGAAGUUUGGACAAACCAUUGCUUCGUCUGGUGUCUACAAUACAUAUGACUCAUACAGUACUAAUUUACCAGAUCGGAAAAAUUUUAUGUUGAAAAGAAAAAUUUAUAGAUCCAAUGUCACAUUCUGUAAAAAUUUAUGAUACAUGUAUAGGAUGCACUCAAUGUGUACGAGCUUGUCCAACAGAUGUAUUAGAAACGAUACCCUGGGAUGGAUGUAAAGCCAAGCAAAUUGCUUCCGCGCCAAGAACCGAAGAUUGUGUGGGUUGCAAGAGAUGCGAAUCCGCCUGUCCGACAGAUUUUUUAAGCGUCCGCGUUUAUUUAGGGCCUGAAACAACCCGUAGCAUGGCUCUAUCUUAUUGAUACGUUACAAAAAACUCCACUUGAAUCGUCUGAUUCCUCUUUACCGAAGAAGCCUGUGCUCGAAAUAAUCGAGCACGGGCUUUUGUGGGCAAAACGUAUCUUAUCUUUAUCACUUUAUCAUGAGUUAUUUUCCUUGGUUAACAAUACUUGUAGUUUUGCCGAUAUUUGCAGGUUCAUUAAUUUUCUUUUUACCUCAUAGGGGAAACAAAAUCGUUAGGUGGUAUACUAUAUCCACUUGUUUAUUAGAAUUCCUUCUAAUGACUUAUGCAUUCUGUUAUCAUUUCCAACUGGAGGAUCCCUUAAUCCAAUUAAAAGAGGAUUCUAAAUGGAUAGAUGUCUUCGAUUUCCACUGGAGAUUGGGAAUUGAUGGACUUUCAUUAGGAUCCAUUUUAUUGACAGGAUUUAUCACUACUUUAGCUACUUUAGCUGCUUGGCCUGUUACCCGGAAUUCGCGAUUAUUCUAUUUCCUGAUGCUAGCAAUGUAUAGUGGUCAAAUAGGAUUAUUUUCUUCGCGAGACCUUUUACUUUUUUUUAUCAUGUGGGAGUUAGAAUUAAUUCCUGUGUACUUACUUUUAUCCAUGUGGGGGGGGGGGGGGGGGCAAAGAGGCGUCUAUAUUCAGCUACAAAGUUUAUUUUGUAUACUGCAGGCGGUUCCAUUUUUUUCUUAAUCGGAGUUCUGGGUAUGGGCUUGUACGGUUCCAACGAACCGGGAUUAGAUUUGGAAAGAUUAAUUAAUCAAUCAUACCCUGCAACCUUGGAAAUACUUUUAUAUUUUGGCUUCCUUAUUGCUUAUGCUGUC